AUGGAAGUGGAUGAGUGGUACUGUUUGUGUUAUACGUGGAAAGAUGUCAUGUUGGACAGCGAUCGUGUUCAACAAGCCGGUCGAACUGUUAUCGAUACUGUGAAUCGCUUCCUCGAAUCAGAAAAUAUUUCAAAUAUCUGUGCGAAACUCGAAUUUACAAAGGUACUUUCGGCCAAAUCGCAUGUCAGAAAGGAUGUGUUGAUUGUUGCUUCAGAAGCAUCUCCAUCGCAUGAUAACGCGCAACGAUGA